CUCAACGCGGUCAGUCGAAAACAGAACCGUUUUUAUAAAUACAAAAAUGUCGAUAAGAAUUUUAUUAAUCGCAGUUGCCUGCGCGAUUUGCCUGUGCGCCGCCGAUGUAUCACAAAUAAAUCAACAGCCAGUGCUGCCAUUUAAUGAUUUACUGCCGCCCCUGGAAGAAGACCCCACAACCCAAGCCGACCCCAACCCCACCAAAGAGUCGUAUUAUCAACAGCAAGCGAGAAGCAAAGCAGUGUUGUCUAGCGAUGAGACGCCUGCCGCCACGCCCACUCUUCAGCCAGACAUGCAGCUGUCCGUAGACCUAUUGCCGCCAUUCGCUGAGCCCACCAGCAAUCAUAUUGAGAUUGGAGCUGUCUCCACGACUAGGCCACCAGUAGUUGCUACAUUCGUCAGCAGCGCAGCUCUGCCGCCAGUGCAGCAGCAAGCCCGCGUUUCACGACCAAACAGUAUUCCCAGCUCAGAUUCCACAUAUCUUUCAGCUGAACUUAUCUCUCAGUAUGCAACGCAUUUUCAGUUUACAACGCCACGGCCGCCGAGCCGUCCGUUGCCAACGCUGACACCCUUUCCGCGUUUCAUAAAAAAUUAGGCUAAGUUAAUUGAAUUAGUUAAGCAAAUUCACGACCAGAAGUCAAGCCAAUGAGCAAUCCCUACAAGAUAAAAUGAUUAAAGCAUCACUGAUUGUCAGAUGUUAAAUAUAUACGUAUAUC